AAAUCCAUUUUCCCAAGGAUUAAAUAAAUAAUUAUUAUCUGUUAUGAUUGAUUAGUUUGGUAUUAGCGUGGUAUAAAAGAUUGUAGUGCGUCUACAAGACACACAGUGCCGUAAAAUGAGGGUUCAAUGCGUAGUCUUGUUGGUGGCGGCGGCCGCGGCGUGCGUUAGCGGCGCAGCUGUGGGGAAGAGUACUCCUGAGCCCAUCAUUACUGGACUGGAUUAUCACGAACUGUAUGGGAUACCUACAGCGACGCGCAUCCGACAGGCUGAACAAGGACAAGAUUUCGAUGGAAACCGCAUCUUCGGAGGCUCUGCUGCUGGCGUUGGUGCACAUCCCCAUUUGGGUGGUCUGAUCGUCACUCUGCAUGACAACCGUCAGUCUGUAUGCGGCUCCUCAUUGUUGACAAACACUCGUUCGGUAACGGCGGCUCACUGUUGGAUCAUUGGGAAUGCACCCGCCCGCACCAUCACCAUCGUGUUCGGCUCCAACCGUCUGUUCAGCGGUGGAGUACGACACAACACCAACAGCAUUAUCACGCACGCCAGCUACAAUCCCAACAACCUCAACAAUGACGUUGCCAUCAUCAACCAUAAUUGGGUGACCUAUACCACUACUGUUAACCGUAUCCUCCUGCCCCCCGGUUCGAACUCCUAUGCAAAUGUAUGGGCAGUAGCUGCUGGCUUCGGCAGAGAAGGUCCCAAUACUCCUAUUGGCCAGAACCAGGGUAAGAAUCAUGCAAACAUGUUCGUAAUCACGAACGGCCAAUGCGCAAAUGUGUUCGGAGGCGUCAUCAUUGGUUCUACUAUCUGCGCGACAGGCAGCGGUAAUGCCAGCAUCUGCCCUGGAGAUUCAGGCGGUCCUCUAUCCAUCGGAUCCGGAAAUAACCGUCAAUUGAUCGGUAUCUCCUCCUUCGUAUCCGUCCGCGGAUGCAACCUCGGCUUGCCCGGAGGCUUUGCCCGAGUUACCUCCUUUAGAACCUGGAUUCAACAGAGAAUAUAAACACUACGUAAAAUUAAAAGCAAGAUUUGCUUUCAUUUGCAGAUUUUUACCGCAUUAUUAUUUUAAGAUGUAUUUUUUAUUUAUUUAAAAUAAAUGUUGCUGUCGUUAUAUUUUUUACAAUCUUUUAAGGAUUAUAGAUUGUGGGUAUAAAUAAGUGAAUAAAAAUUAUGGUCGUUUUCUUCAAAAGUUCAAGCGUGUACUCGCUUGUAC